AUGAAAAACCUCCUCAUUGGACUCAAAUACAACGGACUCGCUUUCCCCAGCUGGACUGAUGAUCAAGGACUGACGUUCACAAACUGGGGGCCAAAUGAGCCCAGCAACGCGGCGAAUAAAUGCGUGGAGCUACUGUAUCAUGGAACAGGAAUUUACACUCCUGGACACUGGCAAACUGUAGAUUGUGAUCAGAAAAGACCGUUCGUUUGCCAGCUCAAGUUAGAUUCCCAGUACCCGGAUGAUCCUAAUCAAGCUCCUAAUCCCAACAACUGUCCAACGGGCUACUAUCCUUACGACACUUCUUGCUACAAACUCAACUCCGCAGCUGCAAGCCGUUCUCAAGCUCGCGCCAACUGCGAGAGCGAGAGCCACAGUAAUCGAGGAUUUGCUGGGCUUGUAACUGUCUGGAACGAGCAUGAAUCCCAAUUUGUUUCUUCAAUGCUUUGGGGACAAAAUAACAAUCUCUGGCUCGGAAUGAACUUUGCUUAUGAUGCGGACAUCGGAAGGGCAAAUUAUUACUGGGAUGAUAAUUUCCCAAUCGUGUUUACAAACUGGGGACAUGAUGAGCCUAAGUCGUCGACUGAUGCACAGGGAUAUGUUGAGCUUUUCAAAGAUGGAACUUGGGGAAUCUCGAAUUCGACUUCAGCAUCCUUACCAUACAUCUGCAAAAUCGAAACGGUACCCACUCCAAAUCCUGACACCGACCUUGGCGAAUCCUCUUGCGAACCCGGCUGGCAUCUUCUAUUCACUGACAAGGGCGAAGAAGAUCUCGACGGAAAAUACUGCUACAGAGAGCGACUCGAGCCAAAAGAAUUUGGUGAUGCUUAUGCUGACUGCAACAUCUUCGGCGCCACGAUUAUGUCAAUUCAUUCAGAGUUUGAGGAUAAAUUUGCGCAGAGUAUCAUCGGACACGACAAUGCCUGGCUUGGAGCCAUCAACAUGCCUGAUGGAAACGGAGAAGUCUAUCCGACAGGAUGGCAGUGGCUCGACGAAACAGCAUUCAAGUACACUAACUGGGCUGAAGGAGAGCCUUCUCUAAACGGCGACGAGUACUGCCUCGAGCUUUGGACUAAUGGAUUCUGGAAUGAUGUUGCUUGCACAGGAAGAAAGCCCUAUGUUUGCCAGAAACGGUCAAUUCACUCUUUCUGCGCUGUUCCAGGACCAGAUCGACAACUUUGUGGUCCUAUUAACAUCGACGAAAUGGAAUGCGCAGAUGGAUUCGGCUGUUGCUGGGAUCCCGAAAUCGAUCAGUGUUUCCGACCAGAAAGUACUUUCCAGUGCUUGGAAAUGGGUGGAACUUGCAAGCCAAAAGAUUACAUUGACUGUAACAGAGGAAUUGGACCUGGAGCGGAUAUUUGUCCUCAGGAUAAACGAUGCUGCCUCGACUGUCAAACAGAUCAAUGCCAGAAAGAAGAGGAUCAAUGGCAAGCUGAUGAUGGCGAGUGUCUUCUUGCACAAGGCCAGUGUAUUUUCGACUCGUUGAGCUGCUCUCAAGUGAUUGGAGAUGGAGGUGUUUUUGGCAAUGAAGAGUGCGGUGGUCCAGAUGAUCGGAGAUGCUGCAAAAAACCAACAGGCCCAUCGACGGUUACAAUUACUGUCACAGUCCCUGGAUCAACUGGAACAACUGAACCAAGUGGUGGCGGUCUAAGUGGAGGAGCAAUUUUUGGGAUCGUCUUUGGCGUCAUUUGCUCGAUCAUCAUUGCUGGCACGAUUGCAUAUUUCUCUGGAAAGAACAAGAGCAGUGCACCUCUUGUGCCACAAGCAAGUGUUUCGAACCCGAUCACGUACGGAAAAGAUGAAGAGGAGGAAGAUGCAACCUACAUGGGUCAGAUGAAUCCUGCCUUCCAAGAAAAUGCUGAAGAUACGAAAGAAUAG